AUGCGGGGAGGGACACCGACGCCCGCGGGCGCCCGGGAGGGCAGCACAGGCGGGGACUGCGACGCGGGCGUGGGGGAAGGCGCGUGUACGCAACUCCUGCUGCUGCUGCUGGGGUUCGAGGCGCCGCCCGCGGUGGAGGGGGCAGAGGCCGAUGCGGCGUCGCUGCGGCCCUGGCAGCAGCUGCGUGAAGUCGGCCUGGGCCCAUUUCUGUUCCUCUGCGGGCGCCGCACGACGCGCUGUGGCGGCGGCCUCCACGUUGUCAUUCAGCGGCCAAUAGAUAUGACGCUGCCUCCUCUGGUGGAGCGGUGCCUCAGGCAUGCGGGCCGGGAGAAGCGAGGUCGCCCGUCGCCGCAACUGCGGUGCCUGCAGCUCAUGCCGCUGCGGGACCCGCUGCUGGGGGCGGUGGUCGAGGGACCGGCGUUGUGUGUGGCAGAGGAGCAACUCGUGACGGUGUCGGACGCCACUGGCGAGGCAGUCACCGACAGCACAGAAGACGAACACGACGCGACGGAAGCGGGAAAAGGGGCGGGGGAAUUAUCUGUCGCGGAGGCGGUCCUCCUGCCCUCGCUGCUGCAGCAGGCGUCCGCCUGGAGUGUGGCACUUUUGAGCCGCUGCGGGGCAGUGCCGGGCGGUCGGGCGGGCGUGGACAUGGCGGUGCGGGCGCUGUGUUACUUGCAGCAGGCCACCGCCGCCAGGCCGCCGCAGGCACCGCCGGUGGACAUCGUUGGGAUUGUGGUGGACUGGGCGGCGGUGCUGCACGACGCCCUUGCGGCGUCCCCGCGUCCACUAGCGCAGGUGACCCACAAUGCCGCGGCUGCGAAGGAGGCGACACCCGCUUGGCUGCCCCUCGCGCUGGCGCCCGCGCAGGCGUUUCCGGCGGGGAGUGAAGAGGCCCCGCCUCCGCCGGAGGAGACUUUGGGCGCGGCCGGGCGCCUGACACCUCCACGUCCGCUGGGCCCUGACAGCCUCGCGAAGCGCCGCAGCGGCAGCCGGGGCAGCAGCACCAGCGUGGAGACGGCGCGGGAGGCGGGAGCUCUGCAGACGCAGGGGAACCUUCCAAUGCCUGGGCAGAUGCCACGGCGAGCGGUGGCGUCAGCAGCGACGGCGCCUACUCUGCCCUUCAUGUCGGUUUGCAGCGAGGCGCUUGAGGCGGCCUUCCAGCUGCAGCAGAGCCGCACACCAUUCAGGCCGUCGCACGUCAAACACUCGGCGGGGGACGCCGGCGUUGCCGCGGAGGCGGGUGACGCUGCUGUGGCCUGCAGGGAAGCAUCGUCGUGUGGCGGAGGCGUGGCCCUCUUUGGCGCGGCGCCUGCGAGCGCAACCCAUUCACCUGAGGCUUGCGACGAACCCGUCGCUGGCGCCGGUGGCGAGGAGGAGGAGGGCUUCCUUCCCUCCCUCAUUCAUCGCCUUGUGGCAGUGUGCCACGCCCCCGUGAACAGGCGCCUGGCGGGUCACCUCUCACGGAUCGCAGAGGGGGACUUUUUUCCGAGCCGCACGAUGUUAGAGAAGGCGGAUCUGCUCCGUCAGCGUCUGGGCAAAACGCUCGUGGUGCGUUUCUACGACCUCGACCCGCAGAAGCCGCUGCAGCAGCACCCCCGCCAGCCGUGCUUGCAUGAGAGUCCUACGGCACAGUCUGGCUCCUCCGCGUCUUGGUUGGCCGCCGAGUUUUUAAGCAGCGCGGAGCAUCCGUGUUACUUGUUUCUCACGCACACCGACAUCGUUUUGGUCAGUGCGUUUGACGCCAACAACCCGCCGUCGUCAGACUGGGCCGCCCGCGACAGUAAGAGAGCGGCAUCCAAUCCCGUUUUCAUCGCAAACAGUCGUAGUAGCAGUAGCAGUAGCAGUAGCAGCCGCCGCUGCUGCUGCAGUAACAGUAGUAGUGCUGCUGUUGGGGAUGACGGAGGCCGGAGCGUGGAUGACGCACUCGACGACGCCCCGAUGUACAUGAAGCACACCUUUGUGAUUCCCCGCGUCUCACUGAUGGACGUUCGACGGUCGCAGAACGCGGCGGACGCAAGCAUGGCGACUGUGCUGCGGCUCCAGACACGCUCCUGCCGCCGGGUGUGGUUGGGCUUUCAGGAGAUCAGCGAGCUGCAGCACGUGUACCUGGAGCUCAACAGUGGGCUGCAGACAUCGUCUGGCAACCGCUUUUUGGCCAGUGCCCAGCGGCACUGGCGCAUGAUGGCCCUCACCCUCGUCGCUGGCAACGUCCUGCCCACUCCGCACACGGCGUUCUAUCAGCAGGUGCUGCAGAACCUCCUCACCGCCUUUGCCGACGUGGAGUCCCGCCGGGAGCACCGAACCACGGCGUCGGCCGGCGGCUCGGCGGACGCCGCCCCCUUGGCGAAGGACGUCGCGGACUGCCAGGGGGCGCUGACGACGUUGUCCUACUCCUGGUGGCUGUACUCCCCGGUGCGGGAGUACGUGCGUCAGGGCGUCCCCCCGCGACAGUGGCGGCUGUCAAGCGUCAACAGCCGCUACGAGCACUUCCCUUCGUACCCCGCCAGGUUUGUCGUGCCAGGCUGCCUGGAGGAUGACGUGUUGAUUCAGUCGGCGAGCCUGCGGGCGCGGAUGCGGGUGGAGGCGCUCUCCUACUAUUGCUCGAGCACAGGGGCCGGAAUCGUGCGUGCGGCGCAGCCAGCGGCCGCCAACAUUUGCGCCUCCGCCUCGAAAGUCGACGCUGUCAAGUCAUACCGGCGGGCCUGCGGCAUGCAGGUGUGCACGUUUGACCUCCGCAGUCGCAUCAACGCGUACGCAAACACCGUCGUCGGGGGCGGCUUCAGCAUGGAGACGGGGCGCUACUGCUGCCUUUCGAACAUUCACGUCGUGCGCGAGGCGUACGAGGCCCUCCUCGCCGCGGUGCUGGACAACAACCCCUCAUUUAUUGCCGUGAUGCGGGCCGCGGGUAAAAUGGCCACGGCACGCAACGACGCGACGGCGUCUGCCACCUCGUGCGGCCCCGCGGCGACGGUGGAGGCCACCGCAAAGGCGGCCGCCGCGUGGAUGGAGCACAUCCACGGACUGCUCCGCACCGCCACGGACGCCGCCCGCCUCAUCACGGGUGUUUCCGAGGACGAGGCCCUCGCGCCCGCCAUCGGGGGCACUGCGGCGGGCGCACCACGGAGCGUCAUGCGUGCGCCGGGGGCGGCGUCGCCCAACGGCGGGGGCGGUGCCGGUAAGAACUUUGGCGGGCUCAACGAUCGCGUGCUCCCGCGUUCCUCUACCGUGUAUGUCUGGACACGUGCAUUUAGUCUGAUCCCCUUUCGUGGUCGUAGUAGUUGGCGUUGCGGUGCCUGCGGCGGCGGCGCAUGGCGGUUUUGGCCGCAGAAGCAGCAGAAUGCGCAACAACCACCUCCAUCGCCGCCCUCGUACACGCAACCGGACAGCCGCAAGCAUGCGCAGCUGGUCGUUGUUAACUGCUCCGAUGGCUGGGACCGCACCUCGCAGGUGUGUGCGCUGACACAGCUCCUGAUCGAUCCCUACUUUCGCACCGUGGAGGGCUUCAUCACGUUGCUGGAGAAGGAGUUCGUGUCCUUUGGACACCCCUGCCUGCUGCGCUCCUCCACGCUACAGAGUCACAGCGACGUGAGCAUGGGGACGACGCUCACGGACGGAGCCCACGUCGGCACCCACGACAGCUACAAGGACCCAGCGUCGGAAAACUGUCAGAGCUCGCCCAUCCUUUUGCAGUUCCUCGACGCCGUGCAGCAGCUGCUGCGUUUGUACCCGCACUGUUUUGAGUUCACGGAGGCCUUUCUACUGCUGAUUCUGGGCCUCAUGCACGCCGGCGUCCUUGGCACAUUUGCGGUGAACUGCGAAGGCGACGUGCUUCGCUGGGGGGUGGCGCAGCAGACGCUCUCACUCGGUCAGUUCUUCGCCGUGCUGUUCGCCACAACCAUUCGCACGGGCGACACUCCCCCCGGCGAGGCCACCGAGGAUGGCGAGAGCUUCAGUGACGCUGCGGAGGCGCCCCCAGGGUGCGGUUUCCCCGCGUCCCCCGCCGUGCCACUGCGGUGCUUCUACCGGUCAUGCGGCGGCGGGGCGACGUUGCAGGGUGUUGGGUGGGACUCCACCGCUGCUGCUGGCGGUGGCGGCGGCGCACCACGGCGGAUACCGGUGUCGUACGACGCCAUGUGUCACUCCGGCCUGUUUAACCCGCACUUUUCCCUGGCCGACAACAAACUCCUCUUCGGGCCCCUCGUGGACGUGGUGCGCCCGCUGCAGCUGCAGCUGUGGGAGCGGUUCUUUCUGCGCCACAGCUUCUGGUGCGAGCGACCCGCCAGGCUGCGGGAGUUCAGUGAGCAGAGCGCCUCCACAGUGUACGCCCGCCUCGUGGCACCGCGGCCGGCAACGACGCCGGCGACAGCAGGAAUAAUGGCGGCGUCCGCGUUUGCUCCCCCGCCUGCGACGGAGCCGCUGCCGCAGCCCGCGAGGGAAGCUAGGCGACCGCGCACGGCCCCCACCGAGGUGGGCGAGGCCGCGCCUCUCAGGCUGCAUGGGGCCGCCGCCCCGCAGCCCAGCUUGACACGAAAGCCGAGUAACCCAGCUGUGCCUGUGGGCCGCCCCGACGCGGCCAGAGGCGGGAGUCAGUUCUUCCCUGGCACACCCCACCGCGUCGCCUCCUUUGGGGCCCUGCAGCCGCUAGAGCAGCUCCAGCAGCUCUCGGCGUCCCCGCCGCUGUGCCAGCGCGGAGCCACUGGCCUCGUCAGGAUUGUGGGGCAUGCCCUGAGCGGCCACCGCAAUCCCCUUACCGACGGUAGUGGAGUGCCACGGCGACACUUAUCGACCGCGCCGUCCAACGGAGUCGAGCCUCUGGGCUCGCCUUCCUUUGGUGCACCGGACGGAACUCGAUGCACGCAGCAGCAGUCAGCCUCCACGGAGCCCGCAGGAGCGCAGGCGCACAGCUACAAUGCCCUUCUGGAUGAGCUUGACCAGGCCUUCGACUAG